AAAGUGCGCAGCAAAGUCCAGCGGCAGGGGGGCCCCCAGGGAGCAGUGCAGCGCAGCAAGGACCUGCUGCUGCAGCUGGCCGAAGGAGACCCCGAACUGCUGCAGCACAGCAGCUUCCAGCAGCAGCAGCCGCUUCAACUUCCCCUCCAGUGCUGUGCUGUUGGGGGCCUCGUGCUGCAGCGCCAACACCAAACAAAAUGCUGCGCAGCAGCGCAAACCCUCGGGGCCCCUGGGGGCCCUUUUGCUGACCCCCGAGCGGUCCAGGAUGGACACUGCCAGGUGUACAGACACCCGAGCCACGUCAGCAGCAGCAGCAGCGCCGAAGCACCGCUGCAUGUCAGCAGCAUAA